AUGUCAGACGACGAGGGGCUGCUGGUCAUUGCAGCAGGCGGCGACCUCAUCCUCGAUGCCGCCCAGGAAGAGGCGGGCCAGCGUUUCUCCUACCGCGUCGACUCCCAGACGCUCCAGCAAAACUCGCGAUACUUUGAAAACCUGCUCAGUGACCGUUUCCACGAGGGGCAGCAGCUAGCAAAGAGCCUGGAGGCGCUUAGAUUGAAUGGGCACAAGGAUAUCAGCGAGGCGCCUGACAACGUGCUUCCCCACAUAUCCAUUGUCAAUGUUGGCCGGGUAGCAGUGGCCAAAACCUCGUCCAUUCGAAAUCUGCUCGCAGACUUCCUGCGUGCUCUUCAUGGCCUCGACCUCGCCGCAUCGCCUCCCGUGGCCAAUCUUGCCAACCUCGCUGUUGUCGCCGACCGAUUCGAUGCCGUCGCGUGCCUUUCCAAAUACGUCCAGAAGAAGAAGUACCUGAACUUGAUCGAGGCCAAGUUGCGAGGCAAGCCAAGUGCAUCACAGACGGAAGAGAGGAUACGGCAAAAGCUGUUCGUCGGCCUUCUUUUCGACUACCCCUCGUGGGUAACGCGAUACUCGAAGCAUCUGAUCAUGCGCGACUCUGUACAAUGGCAGCCGGGCACAGUGGAGGACCACACAAAGGCAUUGUGGUGGGACAUGCCCAAUGGUGUCGAGGACGAGCUGAUUCAACGGCGAGAGUACCUUCUCGAGACAAUCAACUCCCUGCAGUCGCAUUUCCUGAAGUUGUACACCUCUGGCGAACGGCAGUGCAAGCUAGGCUACGAUACGUCGCUGCAAUGUGACUCGUUCCAGCUUGGAGAAAUGGUCCGGUUCUUCUGCAAGAUCGAUACCGUGCGGUUGCAGGGCAAGAUCUACGACAACACCGAGCCAACAUACUAUCUUGGAGAUAUUGAGCGUCUGCUAUCGUCUCUUCGGCAAUGCUCAAACUACCAAAUCGACCAUAACCACGCCCACUGCGGACUGCGAUCACGCAUACUUCCGCUCCUCGAUCUCAUACAGAGCCAGCUCAGCCUCGACACCGGUAGUCCAGAUGUUGGAAUCUGCGCUGAAUGUUGGAACAAGCACCGCAACGAGUACGCCUGGCACCUGUGUAAGAGACCGGUGCUGUGGGUUCUACCAAGAUCGGCAAUUGGUAACCGAAUCCUUACCAGCGGAGUAGCGCGCAAAGGACAUCAAAGAACGCCGAGUGGUUGCCUUGCCAGGCACGUGGCGGCAAGGGAUUUGUUCAUGGCUAGGGAGCGAGACUGGACGGCAAGGGAUGGGCAUUGA